AUGGAAAGUACACCACCGAUAAAAGAGCUACUAAAAAAGAUCCGGGAACUUGAAGCGAGGACACAAUCAUCUUCAAUAAGAAAUGUCGAACUCUCUUUAUUUGUCGAUUCAAAACCAACCCAACAAAAGUCUCAUUCUAUAUCUUCACAAAGAUUCGCUCUCAAGAGAUGGAUUGCUACCGAGCUAAUUGAUUUCUAUCCUAGCUGCAGUUUUAAAUCUUGGUUUGAUCUUGGACUCAAUCGCGAUUCAAUACCAAAGGAGAAGAGGAAGAUCGGGUGUCUAUGCUAUUUUUGGACGCCGAAUGGGUUCCAUGCCUAUCGUAAGUAG